UGCAAGAAAUAUUGUUCUUUUCAGCACAGGAUUCUCGCUGACAGACUUGCCAAAAUAUAGACAUUGGGCAAGCUCUUUCAUAAAAAAAAAAAAAUAUCCAAGAAGAAGUCGUGAACACCAUGAAUGAAGACCAGUGCCAAGAAUUGAAGACAGUUACUGGAGAGAACGAACAUUAUAUUUGUAAGCACUGCCCUGAGAUAUUUACUAAUGAACAUAAUUGUAUUGCUCAUGAAAAAAUUCACAAUGGAGAGAGACCAUACAAAUGUCAGUAUUGUGAGAAGACAUUUAUUAAAAAACAAACUUGUAUACAUCAUGAGAGAAUUCACACAGGAGAGAAGCCAUAUAAAUGCCAGUACUGUAAUAAGACAUUUACUCUAAAACAGAAUUGCAUUUAUCAUGAAAGAAUUCACACUGGAGAGAAACCAUACAAAUGUCAGUACUGUAAUAAGUCAUUUAGUUAUAAAAAGAGUUGCACUCGUCAUGAAACAAUUCACACUGGAGAGAAACCAUACAAAUGCCAGUAUUGUGAUAAGACAUUUACUGGAAAAGACGGUUGCAUUUAUCAUGAAAGAAAUCACACUGGAGAGAAACCAUACCAAUGUCAAUACUGUAAUAAGACAUUUAAUAGUAAACAGGCUUCCAUUAAUCAUGAAAGAGGUCACACUGGAGAGAAACCAUACAAAUGUCAGUACUGUAAUAAGAAGUUUACUAAUAAACAUGGUUGCAUUUGUCAUGAAAGAAUUCACACUGGAGAAAAACCAUAUGAAUGCCAGUAUUGUGGUGAGAGAUUCAUUCGCAAAGAGAGUUACAUUGUUCAUGAAAGAAUUCACACUGGAGAAAAACCAUACAAAUGUCAAUACUGUGAUAAGACAUUUACUAGCAGAAGUUGCACUCGUCAUGAAACAAUUCACACUGGAGAGAAACCAUACAAAUGCCAGUAUUGUGAUAAGACAUUUACUGGAAAAGACGGUUGCAUUUAUCAUGAAAGAAAUCACACUGGAGAGAAGCCAUACCAAUGUCAAUACUGUAAUAAGACAUUUAAUAGUAAACAGGCUUCCAUUAAUCAUGAAAGAGGUCACACUGGAGAGAAACCAUACAAAUGUCAGUACUGUAAUAAGACAUUCACUAAUAAACAUGGUUGCAUUUGUCAUGAAAGAAUUCACACUGGAGAAAAACCAUACGAAUGCCAGUAUUGUGAUGAGAGAUUCAUUCGCAAAGUGAGUUACAUUGUUCAUGAAAGAAUUCACACUGGAGAAAAACCAUACGAAUGUCAGUACUGUGAUAAGGCAUUUACUAGCAGACAGAAUUGCUUUCUUCAUGAAAAAAUCCACACUGGUAUAAAACCAUACAAAUGUCAGUACUGUACUAAAACAUUUAUUCAAAGACGGACAUGCACACUUCAUGAAAGAACUCACACAGGAGAGAAAACAUACAAAUGCCAGUAUUGUGAGAAGGCAUUUAUUCAAAAAUGGACUUGCGACUAUCAUGAAAGAAUUCAUACCCGAAAGAGACCAUACAAAUGCCAGUUUUGUGAUGAGACAUUUUCUCGUAAACACUUUUGUGCUGUUCACGAAAGAACUCACAUUGUUAAGAAUCCCUUUAUGUGUCAGUACUGCGGUAAGACAUUUACUAAAAAAAAGUGUUGCAUUGUUCAUGAAAGAACCCGCCAUGAAAAGUCUGAUAAACCACACAAGUGUUCAUUUUGUUACAAGAUAUUUGUCAGCAGAGGUGAAUGUGAUCUACAUGAAAAAAAGCACACUAAUGUGUCGUCUGGUCAAAAAGCAGAUGAGCAGUGUGCUACAGAAGUUGAUGGUGAAAAUGUAGCCUGUCCUGACGGUGAUGGGGUAUCACAUAAACUGACCAAUAAAGAAAAUGGGGAUUAUCAUCCAACAAGGGAGCAACCAUAUCCUGUUGAUCAUGGUAAAAAUAUAGUCUCUCCUGACAGUGAUGGGGUAUCACACAAACUGACCAAAAAGGAAAAUGAUGAUUAUCAUCCAACAAGGAAGCAACCAUAUCCAGUUGAUCAUGGUAAAAAUAUAGUCUCUCCUGAUGGUGAUGGGGUAUCACACAAACUGACCAAAAAGGAAAAUGAUGAUUAUCAUCCAACAAGGAAGCAACCAUAUCCAGUUGCUUUGUUUAAAAAUGCAUUUGCUUAAAGUCAGUAUUAAAAUGUGGAUAUUAUGAUGUACAAUUUGAAAGUGACAAUGUAUUUAGGCACCUAAUACUCAAUAAAUAAUAAUUAAAAAAUAUUGGUUACAGAUCAAGGACUUGCAAUCUACUAUGCAACAAUUAAGUGUCUGUGGGUGCCUGUAAAAUGGGAAAAUGUUUUAGCCCAAAUUUGGUCUGCUGAGUUACAAACUCAUUGGCUCCUAUAAAUUGAGCUGUUCUCUAACUACAGGGGUCUCUACUGCUUGAUACAAAAUUGCUGUCAAAUCUCUUAUUCACUUUCACAGUAUAUGUAACUAAGACCCCAUUCCCAGAGAUUAGAUCGAUCCAACUAGAUCGACCUAACUCCCUGGGGGUUCACGCUAAAUAGCUGUCAUGGGAUUUUACAAGCAAAUUUCAAAACUUUGGAAAAAAAUAAAAUGAUUAUAGAUAUAAAGAAACAUCCUCCGAAAUAAAGAUUGAAAAAGUCAUGACCUAGUAUUAUUUCAUGCUAUUUGAAGUGAUAACACCACAAAUUAAAGAAAUUUUUGUUGUUGUGUGUGUGUGAAACUGGUGCCUGAAGACGGCAUGG